UGUAUAUAUGCUCAUUUUCCACGUGGUGUAGCAAAGCAGUACCAAAUCUUUCUGCUUUGUUCUCUCCAACUCAUCUUUUCAUGCAAGGCUCCAUUAACGGCUAGCGAGUGGGCAAAGAAAUGCUAUGUCUAUUUUUAGCGCGUUGAUGAUUUGGCGGAAAUAUUACGGGGUCUUUUCCUCCCUUCUGAGGCGUCGAUAUUUGCGCUCGAGAUCGUUUUUUGUUUUUAUUUUUAUUUUUAUUAUUAUUUUUUUAGUAUGUUUAUGUAAGUAAAGCAGAUGAAUGAAUGGGUUAUUGGCUGAUUACUUUAUAAUUUUCUAUGAGGUUUAGAAUCGUUGGAUUUGAUUCAUUUGGGGAAACUCUCCUAUAAAGGAAAUAAUACUCUCGAAAAUGUACACUUAAAACUAAAUGAAAAAGUAAAUGAAUAAGUAAACGUAACGUAACAGAGGACCUCGUUCCGCAUCAGGAUAAUAGUAACCAACACAUGAACUUCCCUCCAACGUUAGAGUUUUCCUUAUGGCGCGCCAGUGUACUUCCAGACGUGCCAUUGAGAGAAACUGGAUAGGCAGUAUUAGUAGGUUUGCGGGGGAAAUAACACAGGAUCAUGGAAAUUCACUCUCAUGUUGAGUAAAUAAGUGGUCAAGUAAACAUUCCAUAUGAAGGAACCCAUAAAAUUUGUACAUAUGUUUUCGGUCAUGUUAAAAAGGAAAGCAAAGCUAUCGAUAGUCAUUCUUUCUUUCGUUUUAUAUUUCUGUAAUCGGAGCUUGUUGCCAAGUUCUAAAAUCUCGUUCAGCACGAGUAGAUCUCCUCUCGCUGGGAGUGCAUGGGAUCCUGGUGAAUUAUCUAAUGAAGAAGAUCAGUGUCGAGCUUUGUUCAAAAUAUCAGGUGUUUAUCGUGCGAAGAACAACCAGAGUUAUGACACAAGAAGUUCGGAGAAUGUUCCUGCUUGGUAUACGGGCAGUGAAUUCGUGAAGAUGGCUAGACGUCGAGUGAGGACCUUUCUGGAAGACAUAUCGAGACGUCCUGAAGGGCCGUCGACACAAGACUACAGAACCUUAGGAAGUGUUCUACCCCGUCUCCUUUACUACCGUCAAGAGAAGGCAGAGUCCUCUCCCCUGGCAUCGAGGCUGACAAAAUCCGACGAAAUAUUGCCUGUCAGUCGAAUGAAACGACCUCUUGCCAUUCAAAAGGACACGGAAAAGAUUUUCGUCAUGGACAGGUUUCAGACUACUGACGGUGAUCUCCCUUUCGUCCCCUGUCGCGUCAAGAGAUAUACGAGGACUGACAUCAAUGCCUGUUUUAAGAAACGACUCGAAAAGAAGAAUCAGUUUUCGAUGUUCUUCCUCGGCGAUUCAAAGAUACGGAAUAUGGUGAUAGAAUUCUUAAAUAUGACGAGCUACUUCGACUAUACCGUCUUUCGUAAGAACGAGUCGUGGCCGUGGACAGUUUACCGGACAAUGCUGGAGGACGAACACAUUCGCUUUUCCGAUUUCGAAGCAACUACGGCGUCUCAUCCUGGCUUGCGGUUCAUCUUCAAAUUCCGACGUUUCUGGGAAUGGCGAGAUAUGGAUGCUUCGGACGAGGUAAAGAUCCUGACGGAGUGGGCGGAGGGAACCCAGCCUGUGCCCGAUCUACUGGUUGCAGGUACCGACGCUGGAUACACCUCAUGGAUGCUCUACACAAUCCCGCAACGCUUGCAAAAUGACCCCAACUUCCCGUUAGACGUACUGGACCUCCUCAUGAGGGUGCAUGAGGUGGUUGUACCACUCUUGCAGAAGGUCGCUGACAGAACUCGAGUCUUGGUUCACGCGGACCCCCGACUGCGACCCCACAGCCAGGCCAAGAAACCUCGACAUCGUUUAGCCAUGAACGCUGUUUUUCAAGAUUUUUUGGAAGACUGGAGCGAGAUGAUGUUCAGGUUCUUCGAGAAGUUUGGAAGGAGUCGUAUCGUCAAGAGAAGGAGGCUCGUGACUCGCACCAUGCCCUUGGGAGGAGGUCUUGAGCAUAAGGUCCACGUGGUCAAGGAAAUUACGAAUGGAGAUCGGCCAUACGCGGGUUUCGACGACGCGCGCUUAAGGGCCGAAGCUAGUGCAAGUAGAGACUACCUCAUCCCGGAUAGCAAUGGCCUCUGGUGGUGGGACACGUCUCUCCCUCUCAACAUGGCGACAAUUGCAGAGUGCACCGAGCUCCACAAACUCAACUUGACGCAACUUCCACAGUAUAGUGACCCUGUCUUGCGAUGCGAGGAUCACCACCACUCCGGAACUGCGACGUUGAACUUUGAGGUCCAUAUGCUCCUUAACCUCAUCUGUAAUACACACUUGGCAGUUGAUCCGCAUAUCUGCUGUUCAUGAUAUGUAUAUAGGCUUUAUAUGUGUAAUUUUGAAUGUGAAAAAUACAUUUUUUUAUUAUUAUUACA